AUGUUAAUUAUAGAAAUAAAAGUAUUUUUACUAUUAUAUUCUGUAAUUUAAAAAAUUUUAAAUAGAUAUUUCCAAUGUUCUAUAUAACUAAAUACAUACUAUACGCAUUUAAUAUAUUUAACAGCAUUCUUGAAGUAUUUACGUAACUUCUAAUAACAAAUUACAAAUAACAGAAUGUCACAUUUUACAUUCUUCUACUUAAAUUAUGAGUUAAUACUUGUAUCAAGCGACUGUUUCAUAUCUGUAUUAUUUAAUUUGAUGUAUUAUCGGUUUGCUUCUAUAUUUAUAUUAUUGGAAAUUCGUUUCCGUAUGGCACGUUAAGUAAUUGAAAUAGCUUGGACGUUAAUAACGAUAUAGACAACCGUUCGAAUGAAACAGUAGACUACAGUACUGUGUUAUAUAAAUAAUAUAGUUGCUUAUGUUCUAUAACAAUACAACAAAAUUUUAAUCAUUGCCAUUCACAAUGGGAGAAGAAUGCUUAUAUUGUUCUCUCUUACCUUCGGUAUCUUUAUCCUACAUAUUUGGAGACUUAUACUUCGAGCCUUGUCAAUGCAGGCCACAAAGCAACAACAAGGCAAAGCUUAUGCGAAUUUGUUUUCUAUUCGCGCAAAGUAUUUUUGUAGGGCAUUUCAUUCUCUUAGCUAUCCAGCUUUUCCCCACAGAUAACAAAACAAUCGGGUGUAGUGCCACACAUAAACUGACCGAAAAACAGAGCAUGCCUUUUGUUAGAUCCUUGCUUAUGUCUAAUGCAUUUUAUAGUGCUGCCGUUCACUACGCUGUGAAAAAACAGAAAAUAAUGCUUAAUCUAAAGCUCUCUAGUUACGCAGGCGAAAGAGAAAAAUUAUUGAGCUUUCAGAAAGUAGUCCACCUUUGUGUGGGUAGCGCAUUUUUCGUCGUGGCUACCAUCAUGACGAUUACCAUUUCGGUGUGGUCCAGUGUGAAAAUCGAAGAAGUAAGCGGUUAUUGGCGUAGUGUAAUCUGCAGCGUUUUUCUAAACAUAUGCGUCAUAUACGAAUGCGCCAUCAUAUUAGUUUUGUUUGCAACUGCAUGCGUACUAUGUUUUGCCGUUAAAGAAAGAUUCGAUGCGAUUUCAUUCGAUUUACAAUUCGCAAAAGUUGAUUGGAACAAGCGAAAAAUAGAUAAUUUAAUAGCCAAGCAUGCGGAACUUUGCGAUUUCAUAGAUUAUCUGAAUGACAAAAUUAGUGAAAUUCUUCUCUUCUUAUACGGGGUGGCCAUUACGAUUGUGUCGAUUUGCUUCUAUUCUAUUUUAUUCCGAGUACUUAACAGUAAGCUUCAUAUAAUGAUGAUAGCUAUUACAAUUUUGUCAAGUGUAAGCUUGUGUAUCAUUUCAUUUGCCGUUUCGAGAGUGGCAGCAUCUGCCUACGACUCAUUCCAAGAAAUUAGAAGAUUGGGAGCUUGUUCUCGACGUUUACAAGAUAAAUUAAAGAUGUUGAAUUUCAUGAAGAAAUUUCGUGAAGAAGAAAUUGGACUCGAUUGUGGAGGUUGUUUUAUAAUGUCGAAAGAAUGUCCUGUUCAGGUGUUCCAAAGUCUUUACGGUAUAUUCGACAUGCUAUUACAAAUCCGUGACAUUUUAGCUGGAAAUACGGAUAAAUGUAGCAUUUCUAGUUAUAAUGUAACAACAACUGAAUCCUCCUUCACUCCUUAA